GUGAUGAUGUACAAUGCAGCUAUUGCUAUACCAGGAACGGAGGGUAUGGCUUACCUGUGGGAGAAAUGGUGUGCAGGUAUUGAAAAUCUUUACCCAAAACAUUACCGUUCGAUGUUUCAGAUCAGUGAACGUUUGCCCUUAUUAAUUUGUGCAU